CUGGCCAUUAAGUUAUUAACCGUGGCAGUAUGUUGUCAUCGUAACGUGGGACUCAAUGAAUCGUAGCCUAUUUCCAACUGUGGAAUAUCGUUGCACCUUGCGCUUCGUACGGCAUAUAUUCUGCCAUCACCUUGUUCUGCUCAGUUGUUUUUCUUCAGUGGUCAGUGGGUUCGGUCUUUUGAAUUGUUCUUUGAGCAACAAGCUACGUCGAGAUGUUAGGCAGUGGUGCGCACAGUUUGGACGAAUAGCGCAUUGUUCUAUCGCAUAAUACUGGGGGAUUUUCCCAUUUUUUGUUUGAUUUCUUCUGUGUUUUUUUUUUGUUUUUGUUUUUUUUUUCCUCAGAUGAAAGGAAUGGACUUGGUUUUAAUGACUUCGGACCGCGUCGGUUUAUACAUAUUUUAAAGAAGUGCCUUGUGUCUUCCCUUUUUCCAAUUGAAGUCAGCGGCUGUGGAGGGGAGACCAUGGCCACGCACCGUCUCAGUACAGAGCCGAAGCCGUACGUUGUAUGGAGAAUAUUUUGGGUGAUGAAGGCGUUCGCGGAGCUGACUCUGUCACAGGAAAUUUAUGCACCACAUUCUAUUAGAAUGGAAGGGGAUGUGACCUUGGGUGGCCUUUUUCCUGUCCACGCCAGAGGUCUACCUGGGGUUCCGUGUGGGGAUAUCAAAAAGGAAAACGGCAUCCACAGGCUGGAAGCCAUGAUGUACGCUUUGGACCAAAUUAACAGCGACGACGAUCUUUUGCCCAAUAUCACCUUAGGCGCGCGAGUGUUGGACACAUGUUCGCGGGACACUUACGCUUUGGAGCAGUCGCUUACCUUUGUGCAGGCGCUUAUACAAAAGGACACUUCGGACGUGAGGUGUACCAACGGAGACCCGCCGGUGUUUGUCAAGCCCGAGAAAGUUGUUGGCGUGAUUGGAGCCUCUGCGAGUUCGGUAUCCAUCAUGGUAGCGAACAUAUUACGCCUCUUUCAGAUCCCACAGAUCAGCUACGCCUCGACCGCCCCGGAGCUCAGCGACGACCGGCGCUACGACUUCUUCUCCCGCGUGGUGCCGCCCGACUCCUUCCAGGCCCAGGCCAUGGUGGACAUCGUCAAGGCCAUGGGCUGGAACUACGUCUCCACCCUGGCGUCGGAGGGCAGCUACGGGGAGAAGGGCGUGGAGGCCUUCAUGCAGAUCUCCAGAGAAGCAGGUGGGAUCUGCAUCGCCCAGUCCUUGAAAAUUCCACACGACCACAAGCAGGCGGAUUUCGACAAGAUCAUCCGACACCUACUGGACACCAUCCACGCGAGGGCGGUGAUCAUCUUCGCCAGCGAUGAAGACAUUCGAGGAGUUCUCAAUGCCACUAAAAGGGCCAAUCAGGUGGGGCAUUUCCUGUGGAUUGGGUCAGACAGUUGGGGAGCCAAAAACAGCCCCAUUCACCAGCUAGAGGAUGCGGCAGUGGGAGCCAUUACUAUCCUUCCCAAAAGAGCCACCAUAGAAGGGUUCGACGCCUACUUCACAUCCAGAACGCUGGAGAACAAUCGGCGGAACGUGUGGUUUGCAGAGUACUGGGAGGAGAACUUCAACUGCAAGCUUAUGAGUUCUUCCAAGAAGGAAGACACCAGCCGCAAGUGCACAGGGAAGGAGCGGAUCGGGAUGGACUCCAAAUACGAGCAGGAGGGGAAGGUGCAGUUUGUGAUCGACGCGGUGUACGCCAUGGCCCACGCCCUGCACAGCAUGCAGAAGGACUUGUGCCCGGAGUACUCCGGCAUCUGCCCCGAGAUGGACCUGGCUGGGGGAAAGAAACUCCUCAAGUACAUCCGCAGUGUGAGCUUCAACGGCAGUGCAGGCACCUCGGUGACGUUCAACAGGAACGGAGACGCCCCGGGACGCUACGACCUGUUCCAGUACCAGAUGAACAACAACAGCUCUCCGGGAUACAAGGUGGUGGGGCAGUGGAUGGACAACCUGCAGCUCAGUCUGGAUGAGCUGCAGUGGCCACAGGGGGAGCUAGAGGUGCCCAGCUCGGUGUGCAGCCUGCCCUGCCGGACGGGGCAGAGGAAGAAGAUGGUGAAAGGCAUGCCCUGCUGCUGGCACUGUGAGCCGUGCGACGGCUACCAGUACCAGCACGACGAGACGUCCUGCAAGCUGUGCGCCUUCGACAUGCGGCCCAACCCCAACCGCACGGGCUGCCAGCCCAUCCCCAUCGUCAAGCUGGAGUGGCACUCGCCCUGGGCCGUCAUCCCCGUCUUCCUGGCCAUGCUGGGCAUCGUGGCCACCAUCUUCGUCAUGGCCACCUUCAUCCGCUACAACGACACGCCCAUCGUGCGCGCCUCGGGCCGCGAGCUGAGCUACGUGCUGCUGACGGGCAUCUUCCUCUGCUACAUCAUCACCUUCCUCAUGAUCGCCAAGCCCGACGUGGCGGUGUGCUCCUUCCGCCGCAUCUUCCUGGGCCUGGGCAUGUGCAUCAGCUACGCCGCGCUGCUCACCAAGACCAACCGCAUCUACCGCAUCUUCGAGCAGGGCAAGCAGUCGGUCACCGCGCCCCGCCUCAUCAGCCCCACCUCCCAGCUGGCCAUCACCUCCAGCCUGAUCUCCGUGCAGCUGCUGGGGGUGUUCAUCUGGUUCGGGGUGGACCCGCCCAACACCAUCGUGGACUACGACGAGCAGAAGACCAUGAACCCCGACCAGGCGCGCGGCGUGCUGAAGUGCGACAUCACGGACCUGCAGAUCAUCUGCUCGCUGGGCUACAGCAUCCUGCUGAUGGUCACGUGCACCGUGUACGCCAUCAAGACGCGCGGCGUGCCCGAGAACUUCAACGAGGCCAAGCCCAUCGGCUUCACCAUGUACACCACCUGCAUCGUCUGGCUGGCCUUCAUCCCCAUCUUCUUCGGCACCGCGCAGUCCGCCGAGAAGCUGUACAUCCAGACCACCACGCUGACCAUCUCUAUGAACCUGAGCGCGUCCGUGGCCCUGGGGAUGCUCUACAUGCCCAAGGUGUACGUGAUCAUCUUCCACCCCGAGCUGAACGUGCAGAAACGCAAGCGCAGCUUCAAGGCCGUGGUCACGGCGGCCACCAUGUCCUCACGCCUCUCACACAAGCCCAGCGACCGGCCCAACGGCGAGGCCAAGACGGAGCUCUGCGAAAACGUGGACCCCAACAGCUAAUUCUCAUAAUAUAUCACAGGUCCAGCAGCUAAGAAAAAGUAUGUGAGCUACAACGACCUUGUGAUCUAGAAUGGAUCCAGCAGUGGAUGGAGGUGAUGGAGGUGAUGGAGGUGAUGGAGGUGAUGAAAGCCUGUCUCCCACCCUUUUGGCAGAAAGAGAAAAACAGGCCAUUUGUGUCCCUGCUCUAUGCUGCCAAAUCCACCCCCCAGGGACAGCGGCUAGGGCCCUGACUGGGGGAGGGGGGUCUCUCUCUCUCUCUUCUGAAGAUAUUGGAUGAUGUUUCCACACCGAACUUCAACAAUCAAAAAAUUAACUUAAACAGCAUAAAGAAAAAAAAAAGGAAUCAUCUUCUUUUUUUGGGGGGGAAAAAAAAUAUUUAAAAAAAGCGAAUUGCUGUUAAAUA